AUGGAAUUUGAAUUACGUGAUAAUGAGAUUAAUUGUAAUACACAGUCGUUAAGGAUUGAUUUUACUGAAGAUGAAACAGAAGAAGAAGAGAAAACAUCAUUUCACUGUGAUGUCUGCAACAAGUCCUUCUUUCUCAAAGAUGAACAGACGAUUCACAAAUGUUUCCAUGCAGGAGAGGAUCUCUAUCGCUGUGACAUCUGUGGUAAAUCAUUCUCUGAAAAGGUUUGUUUGACCACACAUAAAAACAUUCACGCAGGUGUCGAGCCGUAUCGCUGUAAUACCUGUGGUAAAUCAUUCUCACAGAAUCAUAGCUUAGCUAUUCACAAAUGCAUUCACAUUGUGGUUAAGUCACAUCAUUGUGAUAUCUGUGACAAACGUAUUCAUGCAGGAGACAAACAAUAUCAGUGUGAUAUCUGUGGUAAAUCAUUCUCUCAUAAUCACCACUUAACUACUCACAAAUACAUUCACACAGGAGAGAAACCUUAUCAGUGUGAUAUCUGUGGUAAAUCAUUCUCUGGAAAUAGUGACCUAACCACUCACAAACGUAUUCAUACAGGAGAGAAACCAUAUCAGUGUGAUAUCUGUGGUAAAUCAUUCUCUCGAAAUAGCGACCUAACCACUCACAAACGUAUUCACACAGGAGAGAAACCAUAUCAGUGUGAUAUCUGUGGUAAAUCAUUC